GCACAAAAAAGUAACAAGCUGGCAGCCUGUCAAGACUAAUGCAACAGUGCAGCCCUGUAGGCAGCGGCAGCUUGUAGUCCCUCCCCGGGCCAGAGUGGUGAGCGCAGGGAGCCGGGGCCGCUAAAUGCUCCAGCCUCAAAGGGACGAUGGUGGAGGGCUGGUAAAGAUGGCGGCGCUCUCCGAGGAUGGGAGGUAUGGAUUAAAUUGUGGCCGACAGAGCACAGAUAGAGUCACCGUAUUACACGUCAAAUUGACCGAGACGGCGCUGAGAGCCAUAGACAGCCACCAAAAUUGUAUGAAUGUACCACCUUUGCAGCCAACAAUACAAUUCAAGGGACUCCAAGGGCGCAUUAAAAUUCCCAAAACAGAUUCCUCCUCGGACACCUUCCACAAUUUCGAUUUUUACCUGUCUAAUGUGGGCAAGGACAACCCUCAGGGAAGCUUUGACUGCAUCCAGCAGUAUGUGUCCAGCUCAGGGGCCUCACACCUGGCAUUGUUGGGGACAGUACAGGACAAGGUCACAGUGUGCGCCACGAAUGACUCCUACCAGGUGACCCGGGAACGCAUGACCCAGGCUGCAGAGGACACGCGUGAACGUGGGACCAAAGUCAUCAAGCCCGGCGGCCAGUACAGAGGAAAGCAAGUCCAUAUCCGUAAGCCGGCGCUGUCGGGCCAAGACGUGGUGCCGGAGCGCAAGCGCUCCACCCCCAUCAACCCAGCCAACACUAUUCGCAAGUGCCUUUCCAAUAACCCCGUGUCCCAGCGGCCCUUCAGGGACCGCCUCAUCCACCUGCUGGCGCUCAGGCCCUACAAGAAGCUGGAGGUGCUGGCCCGUCUGCAGCGGGACGGCAUCAACCAGAAGGACCGGAUCUCAAUGGGGACCACCCUGCAACAGGUGGCGAACCUUAACCCCAAAGACAACACGUACUCAUUGAAGGACUUUAUUUAUCGUGACAUCCAGCGGGACUGGCCCGGCUACUCUGACGAUGAGAAGACGCAGGUGGACCGGAUCCUGGCUCGUAAAUUAGGUCUUCCUAUUGAGACCCUCCCAUCAAGCAGUUCUCCCAAAGACGGUGUCCCCACAUCGCCCCAGAAGCGCCAGGCAGACUUUGACUUUAUUGAUCCUCUGGCUCCCAAGAAAGCCCGCAUCUCCCACCUCAGCAAUCGGGGGCCGGCCACAUCUUCAUCCUCCGAGCGCCGCGAGGAAGAGGGCAGCCCCAGCUCUAAACGCUCGUCCCUACCGGCCAACGUCACCUCGGGCCCUCCUCCCCAUCUCCCGAUCCCGUCCCACCCUCCCGCGCCCUCUCACCAGCAGCCCAGCCCGGCCUCCAACUCCAACUCACCCAGCACCCCGGAGGGCUGUGGCACCCAGGACCUGCCUAUAGACCAGAGCUCCUCCUGCAGAGACCCUUCACCCAUCCCGUUCUCCUCUGAUAGGACCCUGCAGGACCACUAUCGGCACCCUGUCCCCGUCCCCACACCAACCACCUCCCCUAGCCCCCCUCCUCCUCUUCCUCCUCCUCCUCCUCCUCUUAUUAUUCCCCCUCCUCGCACCUCGCUCACAGUGACCUCCACUGUCAUCACCAGCCCUCCCUUGUCCAGCAGUACCAGCAAGAAGUUCAAAAAGAAAUCCAAGAAGCACAAAGAUAAGGACCGCGAGAGGGAGAAAGGGAAACGGACCGAGAAGAGUAGCAGAAGUCCUCCCGUCGUAGCCGAGCAGGCCGAAGACACCCGGAGAGCCAAAAAGAAGCGCAGCGCAGAAGAAGAGACCCGAGAAGUUAUCAACAAGAACCCUCAAAAGGAUCCAGGCCCUUCAGAUAAAGAGAAACCAGUCCAAGCCACUGAGUUCUCCCCCACAAUCGAGAUGCCCGACUACGUCGUGAAGUACAUGCCCAUGGUGUCCGUGGACCAGAGGCAGAGCUACAAGGACGACUUCAACGCGGAGUACGAUGAGUACCGCCAGCUACACGCCCGGGUGGAGAACAUCACCCGCCGCUUCACCGAGCUGGACGCCAAGUGCCGGAAGCUGCCACCCGGCACCAAAGAAUACCAGAAGGUGCAAGAAGAAGUCGUGAAAGAGUACAAGAAGAUGAAACAACACAGCCCCAACUACCACGAGGAGAAGCAGCGCUGCGAGUACCUGCACAACAAGCUGGCCCACAUCAAGCGGCUGAUAGCCGACUUUGACCAGCGCAGGGUGCCGUGGUGCUGAGCGCCCGCUCGUCUUCACGCGUCAGUAUUGAGAGGCGUGUCCAACCAGGAGGGCGUGUCCUACUGGCUGUUAUUUAUUAACACCCCUUCAGUUACUGCCUCCACAACAGCCCCAUCGCCCCAUAUCAUCCCUUUUCAUUCCUUGUUCCUUUUCCUAUCUUUGAUUUCCCCCUCCCCCAAUUCCCAUCUUUUGCUUUCUUUAAGUUUCUUCUAAAUGGGCUCCUGUGGAACGUCAUCCCACUGGACCAGUGGAAGAUGCAGCCUGCAUGUGUGAAGGGGUCUGGGGGGGUGGGGGGGGGACACGUCAACUCUUCUAAUCGUUGAAGGAACUUUAUCUUCAGGCAAAAAAAAAAGAACAAAAAGUAUUUUUGAGCAUCAGAGAAAAUAUUAACUUGUAUUUAAGUAAAAAAAAAAAAAGAAAAGAAAAGAGGGAGAUCUAUUUAUUUUGGGACUCGUAGUGCAAAGAAGAGUCCGCAGAUGAUAUAUUGUUUAACUUCUGUUGAAAACAAUGCAAAAAGAUUACCGCGGGCCUUAUGUGUUUUGACUUUGAAGCCAUUUUGCACGCAGGAUCCAUCACGUCGUCUCAUUCGGCAACGAUGUCUCGCCUGCCUCGUUUCCUCUCUUUUCAUAAAAAUAACUGUACUGGAGAAUCAUGCUUCAACACAUUACUGUUGUUGUUGUUGAGGCUGAAGGGGAAGGAAAUGAGACGGGCAGGAGGGAUCAAUUGAGCUGAUUUUUGAGAAGCAACAGUUUGUGUGCAUGAAUUGUAAAUGUAGUUGUAUUGGCCACAUGGGUUGGUGAGGGUGGGGUAACUCGAGGAGUACGACCCCCCUGCCAGUAGGGGGCAGGAUUCCUUGCACCAACAGUGUUCAGUGUGCGUGGUGCAUUAUGGGUGCCUUAAGGUGUUUACACUCAAAUGUCAAGUUGGGCCGACCGUUGGGGUCCCACGGGCGACACAAAGGAACUCUAACUGCCUGGAAACGGGUUGUGUGUGUGUGUGUGAAUGAAGGAAGGAAGGAAGGGAUGUUACAGUGUGUGUGUGUGUGUGUGUGUGACAGGUGUAAGAAAGGAAGAAAAAAAAAAAUAGAAAUGUGGAGGAAAAAGUGAGAAAACUUUAAAAAAAACUGGAAAAAAAGAAGCUGCUAUAGUGUUUGACCAGCCAGAGCACUCAGGGUCAGCCUGGCUGGAGUACCCGGUCUCAAGUGAAGAGGUCUAGACUGGUUCAUCUCGAGACCCUGGUAGAGGACUUCAGCUUCAUCCAGCGGCAAAAAAAUGCCUGUUUCUGUUUUUUAGGAAGACGCAGAAAAGAAAACGUGUCAUCCACCAGAGGACAAAUCUGUAUUAUGAUUUCAAAAUGUUUUUGAUUCUCAGUUCGACUUCUGCAGAGCAGUGAAAGAUUAUUAUUAUUAUUAUUAUUAUUAUUAUUAUUUGUUCAAUAGAUGGAUGAAUGGCUUCUAUGAAAAGUCUUUAUUUCAAACCCAAGGGAACAUUGUUUACAAACCUGUGUUAGACUGUUUGCCAAAAAUUAAAUAUUUUUCUGGUACUGCA